UCUCCGUCUCUACCGAGAGAAGGAGAUUGACCAUUCGAUUCAAGGCUGAUCUCGCACGAGGUAACAAUUCGAGAUCCUCGUGAUUCAUUUAGAUCCAAGACUGAGAUAUAUAUAUAUAUAUAUAUGUAUACGUCAUAUACAUACAUGCACGUGUGACAUUGGCGUCACGGUGACGUUAAACAGAUCAGGUAGUCCGCGCACAACCAUUCGUACAACGCAAACAGGGUAUUCCAUUUCGUUUUAACAUGCCACACGCAAUGUCUUCAUCCGCUAGACUGCUUGCCGCCGUCAGGCGCUGCGCAUCGCUCAACGGUGCCCGGCGAAUCGCCAGGUACGCGUCGACCUAUAGCACUCACGACAGCGGCAGCUCCAUCGAAAAGUCAGUAUUCAUAUCGCAAUCCACGGAUGUGUUCGUCAACUUGGCAUUGGAGCACUGGCUGUACCGCAACUUUGACUUCUCCAAGCAUCACGUACUGCUCUUCUGGAGGAACGACCCUUGCGUGGUUUUCGGCCGUCAUCAGAAUCCCUGGCUCGAGUGCAAUGUUCAGGCGGCCGAGAAGGCAGAUAUUGCGCUGGCGCGCCGAAACAGCGGCGGCGGUACCGUUUAUCACGACAAUGGCAAUCUCAACCUAACGUUCUUCACUCCACGUGAGAAGUAUAAUCGGAGAUACAAUCUAAACAUCAUUACAAACGCCUUGUUUCGCCAAUGGGGCCUGAAGAGCGUAAUCAACGAACGCGAAGAUAUUCUAAUCAAUGGAGACUGCAAGAUAUCUGGGACAGCUGCAAAAUUGGGAAAACCAAACGCUUAUCAUCAUUGCACACUUUUGGUCAACGUGGACAAAACCAAUCUAAGCUCAAUUCUUGAAAGAAAAGAGAAUGGUAUUGUUACAAACGCGACAACUUCUACACGUUCUCCAAUAAUGAACUUGUUGGAUAUAAACCGGAAUAUCCAAAUGGAUAAGCUCUUAUCCGCUAUUGGCUGGGAAUAUCUGCGAACGAAAGCUCUCGUUCUCGAAGACGGAAGAUAUGAUCUGGUUGAACAACAAAAAGGAUUCAAGUUUAUCAAUCCAACUGAAGACUGGUUCCCUGGAAUUGAUAAAUUCGCCAGCGAGUUUCGUUCUUGGGAUUGGAAUUUCGGCAAAUCGCCAAAGUUUACGGUCACCCGCACGCUCGACUUUCCCGCCCACGAUGGUAAAAUAUAUCGCCUGAAUUUGAGCUUGGAAGUGCAGAACGGUAUCGUGGAAGAAAUAAGAAUGAGCUUGCCCGCUGGAUUAGUAUCAACCAACUUUGCUCAAGAUGCAAGCGUGAUUAGUAAUAUUCGCGGAACAAGAUACAAUCAUGAAGUAACGGAAAACAUAAUAGCCGCGAUUGGCGGUAAGACCGUUUCCUUAAAUACGGCCCAAAGCGUAGAUGAAAAUAUGAGACUUGAUGAGGCUACGCUGCAAUGACCCGGAAUCUCGGACAAUCACAAUUCUGCUCAUAGCGUUAUUGUGUUCAAACGAGAAUAAUUAUUGUUGAAAUUAUAUACGUUGUAUUAUAAUUGUACAUAUAGUAUAUCACACAUUACGUGCCUAUAAUAUAUAUUUUAUACAUAUGCGCGAUAUAACGUAAAAAAAUUGAAAAAAGUUUGUUAUUGGGUAGAAUAUCAAUUAUCAUUGCAGUGUCUUAAGAUUGAUUAAGAAUGUCGUAAUGAAACGCACAUUACGCAUUAUUCUUCAUCAUUGACAUUAUCGAGAAGACGAAAUAUAUUUUAAUUUUAAUUGUUAGUGAAUGAAUUAUUAUAAAAAAAUAAAAAA